AUGGGAGCUACAAUCCUUGUGGAAGGGAUAUUAAUGGCAAGCAAUCCGGUGACAAGUAUACCAGAAGAGCGUCUGCUUCGAGCUAGAAAUUUCAACGAGUUUUGCAAGUAUCCCUGGGGGAAUUUGGACUUUGAUUAUUUACGGAAAGAAGUGGAGAGGGAUGAUGAAAUUCAGUUUCCCUUGUGCUUGCAUUGGAAAGAAACCAAAUCGCUUUUUAUUGAGGAGGUUAACAGAUUCGACCAAAUGGAGAAGGUUGAUGUCAAAUGUAUCCUUGGAGAUCCCGAAUUGCAUAGCGACUUGGUUGAAGAUGUUGACUAUUGGCUCAAUGGAAGUGUCGACAUUGCCGUUGCUGAAGCUGAAGUGGACGAAAAUAAUUAUGUUCUUGGGAUUGAUGCAAAUGAUCAAGAAAAGAUUGAAUUCCUCACUAAGAAGGUAGUGUCUCUUGAAGAAAAAGUGAAGUACCUUGAAGGUCUUUUGAACAUUCGUGGAGAAACAGUGAAGGAAACUGAGAAGUCAAAAGAAACAGAAGCCGCCACAAAAACCAAGGUAAAUGAACAGAAUGCCGAUUAUGAACUUGAUGAAGCAGAAGUUUUACAAAAUUAUAUAGAUGCCAAAAGACAGGAAAUCGCUAAGCCACAAGAAGAAGAGAAACAAGAAGUCGAUGUGGACGACGGUGAUAAAGAGAGUGAAAAUUCAGAAACCAAUGAAGGACAAACACAAGAGGAAGAGGAACAACAACAAGAGGAUGAGACAGAAGUCAAUGCAGAUGUGGACGUCGGUGCUAAAGAAAGUGAAAAUCCAAAAACCAAUGAAGGAAUGAAGAAAUGUGUAACACCCCCACGUGAAGUACAACAACAAGUAGAGGAUGAUGCAAAAGUGGACGUCGGUGCUAAAGAAAUUGAAAAUCCAGAAACCAAUGAAGAUGGAGAAGUAAAUGAGGAUGCAUCUAAAAAGCCCGUGAAGGGUACAAAGAAACGUGGAAGAGGAACUAAGGGAAUGAAGAAAUGUGUAACACCCCCACGUGAAGUACAACAACAAGUAGAGAUGAUGCAGAAGUGGACGUCGGAUGGAGAAGUGAAUGAAGAUGCAUCUAAAAAGUCCGUGAAGGGUACAAAUAAACGUGGAAGAGGAACUAAGGGAAUGAAAAAAGAUGCAACACCCUCACGUGAAGUACAACAACAAGUAGAAGAUGAUGCAGAAGUGGACGAUGGAGAAGUAAAUGAGGAUGCAUCUAAAAAGCCCGUGAAGGGUACAAAGAAACGUGGAAGAGGCACUAAGGGAAUGAAGAAAUGUGUAACACCCCCACGUGAAGUACAACAACAAGUAAAAGAUGAUGCAAAAGUCGAUGCUAAAGAAAGUGAAAAUCCAAAAACCAAUGAAGAUGGAGAAGUGAAUGAAGAUGCAUCUAAAAAGCACGUGAAGUUUACAAAGAAACGUGGAAGAGUAACUAAGGAACCUAAUGUUGACACCUCCAAAUCAAAAAGACAAAAGAAACAAGAAGAUUCAGCUGCUGAUGUGAUAGGACGUGUAUUGGAAUAUCUGAAAAAAGCAGAUUAG